AUUUGAGUACGUUUCCUCGUCGACGACGACGACCAAAUUUUUCCCAGCGCUGUGCACGGUGCUUGGUGGCUGGCUGGCAAAACGCAUCUAAGCAAAUCAGAUGAGAAAAAAAAAUCACAGAAAAUAUACAGAAAAACCAGCAGCAAAUUUCAACCGAAAUGAAAUUGUGCGAAUUUGAAGGAUUUUAUUAGAAAUUGUGCAAAAUUGUGUGGUCUGCCGAAUUGAAAAAGCUACAAAUGAAACGCACAAUGCAGCAAAAUGUCAAUUGAAGUGUAGUGAAAAUUGCUUUGCACACACACACACCCACAAAAGCAAACGCAUACGCAUAUGCAUACAUAUAAACUAAUAACAACAAAAACGAGGAAAGUGUAAAAAAAAUCCUACACCCCGACACUCACCCUAAUUUGUGGUGAAAAUAAAAGUGUUUUUUUCGAAAGGAAAAAAUAAAAAAAUUGCAAUAAAUUAUAUGCAAAAUGCGCAAAACUAAUUUAGUGGCCGAACGACAUCGUCGAAAUCUGCGUAAACGAUGAAACGUGGCUAUAAGAGAAGACGAAAGGGGGUUUGGCCGAUACAAAAGCUGUGCUAAAGUCGGCGAACCCACGAGAAAUUGACUAUAAACUAGCUAAGCUAUAUAGCGAAAAUAGCAGUGAAAUUAUAAUAAAAAUAAUUAUAAAAAUAAUUAUAAAAAAUUAUUAAAAAUUAUUAAAAAUAUGAAAAAAGAAGAAUUAAACAAGAACAAAUUACAAAACCAGGCAAAAAAAUUACAGUGCUCUAACAAAAGUAUAUAUACACACAACGCCAAUAAAUAAAUCAAGCAAAUUAAGGCGUCAAUUAAAUUUACGUAUAAAAAAAUACAAAAACAAACGAAGAAACAACAAAGCAACAGCUCAGGCGCGGUGCUACGAGGCAAGUUAACCACAGAAAAUCUAGUGGGCAGCAGCGAUAAAGCUGAAAGUGGCAGAAGACAGCAGCAGUGAGCCGAUCUAACGACGAUGGCUCGUGGAUAAAGCGAAAAGCAUACCUAUAGCAAUUAACAGCAACAACAUUGAAAUUAAACAGUUGUAAUAAAACUGAAAAGCCAAUAGAAUUAGAAAAAAUUGAAAAUAAAAAUAUUUAAAAAUAAAAUUUAUUUAAAAAUAUUCAAAAAUGAAAGGAAAAAGUUAAAAAAAAAUAGACGAAAAUAAAUAUAAUAACGGUAUUCCACUACUGCGCUUAAAGCAAGCAGCAAGUAAAGCGAAAGGACACAGGAAAAAAGCGAAGUAGCAGAAAACUCGAAAAUUUCACUCAAACGCCCACGCAUUUUGCACACAACAAACACACAGGCACGUAUACAAAAACAUAAACAACAAUAACAAUAACGACGACAAGCAGUGAAGUGAGACAACAGCAGAGUCCAGUAUAAAAGGAAGAAGGUAGAAUAAAAGGAAGAAGAAGAAUCAGCCACAAAGCGGAAUAUUCAAACAAGCAAAGGACGAAACGACGAAAAGCUGGACUAAACACAACAAAAAAAAUCCAGUAACAACAAAGGGAAGGAAGCUUACACACACGCUUAUUUAUACAUACAUGUAAAUACAAGUAAAAUAAUACAACAAAAACAACAAGAGAAACAGUGAGCAAAGCGAUCGCGCGAAACAGUUAAAGGCAACUAACUGACAACUAACAGUAAAAGCAGCAUCAACAACAAUAAAAGUUAAAUAUUAACAACAUCCAACGGUAUCCCUGUCGUUAACAACAAUUACGGCAGCUGCAACAACACAAACAAGCGUCAUUUCGAGUGAAAGUAGCUGCCACAUAAGCGCAUCGCAGGAAGGUCGUGUGGCGUGGGCACUCACGCAGACACACACAGCAACAAAAACACCGACGCACAUUUCCACUAUUUUACACGCCCGCGAUUCGCAAGCAAACACGCACUCACGUCGCAGCGGAAAUAUCAUUUGGAUCAUGUUUAGAACGCUUGUUUUGCUUCUUCAUGUGCAUUUGGCGCUAGGUGGCAACGAUGAUACGACAUCGGCAUGGCCAAGCUUAUCGGGCGUACACAGCGAGGUCAAGCACGGUUCGGCGCGCCAGCUGUUGGGCUCCAGUUUUGUGCGCGACAGCAUUGCGCUGCAGCGUCAGCACCAGGAACAACAGCAGCGUCUCUUUCGCUCGGGCGCCAGCAGCAAAGCCGUCAGUGGCGACGCGAUCGCACUCAAGCAGAAGCAAACGCCACAGGAUGCACACGCGCAAUAUCAUCUAGGCGAACAUGAAGACGAGGAGGAUUUUCAUCCGUCGGACUUUCCGCCACAUGAGCAUCCCGAUGCCGAUUAUUUCGCGCAAUACGCACCGGAACUCUACACUACCGAGUCACAGCAACAGCAGCCGCAGUCUGCACAUAAAGCGAAUGUCGCUGCAACACAGAAUAAUGCUGGUGGCGGUGGCACCAGGCAUCGUGAUAUUGGUGCGCGCAGCGGUAUUAGUCGCACGGAUCUGUAUGGUGUGCGCGAAUCGGACGAUCGUCUCGGUGAGAUGACGCGUAGCCGUGAAGGUUAUAUGAGUAUUCGGCAGCAUAAGGAGAAAGUCUUUCGACCGCAUGUGAAUAUCGUGCGCGAUGAGGGUCACCUGAUGAGUCCGAAUGAUGGCUAUGCGCACACCUGUCAGAAUGUGUGCGGUGACACACAGUGGCUAUGCCUCAGUACAUGUACCUGCAUUGAUCAGAGUGCGCGUUGCGAUAAGAAGAAUGAUUGCGACGAUGGCGCUGAUGAGUUCGAUUGCGAAGUGAUUGGCGAUAUGUUGCAUAAAUUGCAGAAGGACUGCGAACAGACGGGCAUGCAUGUCAUGUGUCCGCGCACAUAUCGUUGCAUCAACAAGGAGUGGCUGUGCGAUGGCGAUGAUGACUGCGGUGACUAUUCGGAUGAGACGCAUUGCGGUGCGAAUGUGGCGCGUACAAAUUGCUCGGAUGAGGGUAUGUUUGAAUGUCAAAAUGGUUUCUGCAUACCGAAGCAGUGGGUUUGUGAUGGGGAAAACGACUGCAAGGAUUUCUCCGAUGAAGCGCAUUGCAAUCGCACGAGUUGCUCAGCCGAGCAUUUUACCUGCAAUGACGGCUACUGCAUUUCGAUCGCCUUUCGUUGUGAUGGCGAACGUGAUUGCAAUGACAACUCCGAUGAGCUCAAAUGUCCCGCGGUCUUCAAUCGCUGUCCGGAAGGCGAAUUUAAGUGCCGUGGCAGUCAUGGUGGUCCGAGCGGCCAAUGCAUAUUGAAUCGUUUCCAUUGCGAUGGCGACAAUGAUUGUGGCGAUUGGAGUGACGAAGAGGAUUGUCCACAAAAGCCAUCCGAUUGCACGACCAGCGAAUUUAAAUGCACCGACGGUAGUUGUAUACCGCGGCGCUGGAAAUGUGAUAAGGAACAGGAUUGCGAGGGUGGUGAAGAUGAACACGACUGUGGUAAUAUGAUAGGGAGUGCGCCGACCAAAUGUGGACCAGAUGAAUUCACAUGCCACAACGGGCGUUGCAUACUGAACACUUGGCUCUGCGAUGGCUAUCCGGAUUGUUCGUCUGCCGAGGAUGAGGUAGAAUGUCAUCUGCAGUGUGAUCCCGGACAAUUCCUAUGUCCAGCCAAGAAGAACAUCACAAAUUUGAAAAUUUGUGUGCAUCAAAAGCAUGUCUGCGAUGGGCAGAAUGACUGUCCGUUAGGCGAAGAUGAAGUCAACUGUCCACACCCACGUACCUGCGGCGAGAACUCACGUUGUGAGCAAUUAUGUAUUACCACAGCGAAGGGACGCGAGGAAUGCGCUUGUAAUCUUGGUUUUCUCAUGCAUGAAAACCGCAGGAAUUGCACCGAUAUCGAUGAGUGCCAAUAUAUAACGAGCCCCGUUUGCUCGCAAAAAUGUGAGAAUACACACGGUUCAUUCAAAUGCUCCUGCGAAAGCGGCUACGUCUUACGUCCGGAUCUACGCACUUGUAAAGCGCUCGGCGGCGCAAUGACUUUAGUUGUGGCCAAUCGUUGGGACAUUAGGCGUGUACAGUUAAGCAAUAACCGUUACUCGGCUGUAGUAAAGGGUUUGCACAACGCAAUUGCGCUUGAUUUCCAUUAUCGCAAAGGUUUACUCUUUUGGUCGGACGUUUCUACGGACGUCAUUAAAAUGGUACACAUGAAUGGUUCACGGUUGCGAGACGUCAUCAAAUGGGGUUUGGAAUCUCCUGGUGGUCUAGCUGUCGACUGGGUACAUGAUCUACUCUUCUGGACUGAUUCCGGUACGCGACGUGUUGAGGUUUCCAAUUUUAUGGGUACGCUACGUGCAGUUAUAGCAUCAAAUGAUCUGGAUAAACCGCGCGCCAUUGUUAUACACCCGGGCGAGGCGUUGGUUUUCUGGAGCGAUUGGGGUCCUAAUCCGAAAAUCGAACGCGCUUAUAUGGAUGGCUCUCAGCGGCAAGUCAUUAUCUCGAAUGGUGUGACAUGGCCCAAUGGGCUCACCAUAGACUAUCCCAGUCGCAAGAUAUAUUGGGCUGAUGCGAAACAGCAUGCUAUUGAGUCCUCGAAUUUUGACGGCACUGAACGCGUCAAAAUACUGAGUACACAUUUACCGCAUCCAUUUGCGCUAACCAUCUUCGAAGACACUAUGUACUGGACCGAUUGGAAUACGAAAACUGUUUCGGCAGCAAAUAAAAUUACCGGAAAGGGUUUCCGUUCGGUGCAUGAGAAUUUCCACUUCCCAAUGGAUAUACACGCUUACCAUCCAGCGAGACAACCUGAUUAUCCGGAUCGCUGUCAGAAGGACAGACGCGGUUUACGAGGCGGUUGUUCGCAUUUGUGUUUGCCAAAUAAGCUUGCGCGACGUUGUGGCUGUCCCAUUGGUUUAUCAUUGAAGGAAGAUGGUAAAACUUGCAAAAGCAUACCCGACAAACUUGUGCUCGUCGCGCGUCGAAAGGACAUACGACUACGGCAACUAAAUCCCAAGUCAUCUGCUUCAAAUGAAGUUGAUAUGAUUCUACCUUUGGAUUAUAUGAAGCACGCUGUCGCACUGGACUGGUGCAGCGAAACGGACUAUAUCUAUUGGACCGAUGUGGAGCGAAGCACCAUUAAUAAGGCGCAUCUCAAUGGUAGCUACCAACAGCGUGUCGUGCAUUCCAAUCUCGUGUCACCAGCUGGUUUGGCUUUAGACUGGAUUACCGAUAAACUUUACUGGACCGAUCCGGCAACUAAUCGCAUUGAGGUGGCAACGACGAAUGGUAAGAAGCGUACGCUGCUAAUUUGGGAAAAGCUCGAUAAGCCACGUGACAUUGUCGUGAAUCCGAUAGAGGGCAUCAUGUUCUGGUCGGAUUGGGGUGAACAUGCUAUGAUAGAGCGCGCUAAUAUGGAUGGCAACGAACGCGGAAUUGUCGCUGAAACAAAUCUGAAAUGGCCGAAUGGUUUGGCCAUAGAUUACGGUCAACAACGUUUGUAUUUUGUGGAUGGCGGUACGAAAACGCUGGAAAGCAUGGACUUUGAUGGCGGCAAACGUAAAACUAUACUAAACAAUCUUGGGCAUCCUUUCGGUUUGGAUAUUAGCGAAAAUCGCGUAUUCUGGACAGAUUGGGAUAACAAGUCCGCAUUCAGCGCCGAUAAGCUCACCGGUCAGAAUAUCACUACAAUUAUUGCGAAUACCAGCGAUUUGAUGGAUAUACGCGUGUUUCAUCGCUCACGUCGAAGUAUACAGAAUGCUUGUGGUUCCAAUAACGGCGGUUGUUCACAUCUUUGUCUGCUGAACCCCACGAGUUUCACAUGCGCCUGUCCUGUAGGUGUACAACUGCGGAGCGAUCUACGCACAUGUGCCGAGGGUCCCAGCCGCUUCAUCAUCUUUGCGCAUCGCAUCGAUAUUCGACAGAUCUCCCUGGACUUCGCGCACUUCAUCGAUGUUGUGCUACCGAUGCCACCGAUUGGAAACGCCGUCGCUUUGGAUGUAGACUCUACAACUGGCGUCAUCUAUUGGUCCGACUCUAAGCAGCAUGUGAUUAUGAGUUCCACGCCAGAUGGUUUAAGUGUACACAAAAUUAUUGGUGAAAGCUUGGAUAACCCUGAUGGUUUGAUUGUGGACUCCGUUGGCAAAACGAUCUAUUGGGCCGAUGCUGGACGUCACACCAUCGAGGUCGCUAGCUUGGAUGGUAAAAAUCGUCACUUGAUCGCCUAUAAAGAUCUGGAAUCACCACGUGGUUUGGCACUAGACUAUGAAGCCGGUCUACUAUUUUGGACCGAUUGGGGUCAUUAUCGUAAGAUUGAACGUUCUCACAUGGACGGCGAGAGUCGACAGCGUAUUGUCACCUCGAAUCUCGGUUGGCCGAAUGGUUUAUCAUUGGAUUUGAAAACGAAACGUAUCUAUUGGGUGGACGCGCAAUUAAAGACUAUCGAUUCAUGUGAUUAUACUGGUAAUCAGCGCAAAUUGAUAAUGUCAUCGCUGCAUCAUCCGUACGCGUUAGCCAUGACGGAUGAGCAUAUCUACUGGACUGAUUGGAAAUCGAAAGCUCUGCACAUGACAGAUCGUAGAAAUAUUACCGCGAAAAAGGAGAUAAUGACAAAUAUUGACGGGUUGAUGGAUAUUAAAGUGAUAACGGUUAACAAAACACAACCGGAAAAUGUCUGCGGCUUGAACAAUGGUGGCUGUUCGCAUCUCUGUCUGAGAAAUCCAACCGGAUAUUCAUGCAGAUGCCCCAUAGGACUCAAGCUGAAGGAGGGUAGUACUAGUCAAUGUCAGACGUUGCCAGAGGAAUAUCUACUCAUUGCACAACGCUCUGGCAUCGGUAUGAUAUCACUCAACAUGCCCGACUACAUGGAUGUCGUACUACCCAUCAAUGCAGUGCAUGGCGCAGUAGUGCUCGACUUUCAUUAUCGUAAGAAGUCGCUUUUCUUCGCCGACGUUAACUCAGAUGUUAUAAGACGUGUGGAUCUCACCAAUUUGUCCGACAGCAAGACAAUUGUCAACAAGGAACUGCUGACACCGAAUGGCAUAGCGAUCGAUUGGAUUGCGGAUAACCUCUAUUGGUCCGAUACGGAUCGAAAAGUCAUAGAAGUGGCGCGUUUGGAUGGUAGUUGUCGUAAAGAGCUCGUUUCCGACGAUUUAGGUGACCCUCGUUCGCUGAUUGUGCAUCCACGCAAAGGAUAUCUCUUCUGGUCCGAUUGGGAUGCGCCAGCGCGCAUAGAACGUAGUCUCUUGGAUGGCACGAAUCGCAGUAUGAUUGUAACCGAGAAUCUGGGUUUUCCUACCGGUCUUACGCUGGACUUUGACAACCGACGCCUAUUUUGGGCCGAUGCGCUUGAAGAUAACAUUGCAUCGGUGGACUUUAAUGGCAAGCGUAGAACGAAAAUCAUCGACUAUGCGCCGCACCCGUUCGGUCUCACAAUGUUCGAUAACAGUAUCUACUGGACCGAUUGGUAUAACAAAUCCGUCUAUCGCUCAUAUCGCAAAGGUCGCGGCUACAGCAAUCCCGUAGAAAUACGCGACUCAUUAAACGGUGCACUGGACAUACGCGCUGUCUCAAUUAAACGUCAACCGGAGGAGUGGAAUCAAUGCGCACAAGAGAAUGGCGGUUGCACGCAUCUCUGUCUCUACCGUGGCGCGGACUAUGUGUGCGCAUGUCCCGAUCAACCCGAUGAACAUGAAUGUAAAACGACACCGAAAUUUGUGGUGCCACGUCCGAAUGUUGGCGACAAUUCUCCAGAUUAUGCAGAAGAGACCACAGAUGGCGAGGGCAGCUCAACGGAGCAUGAAGAUGAUAAUUAUAGCGCUAGCUCCAAAACUAGUAAGCGUGAGACACUCAUACUCAUCGCUAGUGGUGUGGUGAUUCUUAUGCUCAUCGUCAUCAUAGCGGCUAUACUAUUUCUCAUGUUCAAUUCGAAGCGCAAUAAGACGAAAAGGCAUGCGCGCGGUUCCAGUCGCUCGGUGUUGACCUUCUCAAAUCCCAAUUACAAUGUGGAUGGCACACCGAUGGAGCCAAAGACAAAUAUUUGGAAACGCUUUAAGUACGAUAAAUCACAUGAGCGCGUCUACGAAGAGCGCAGCAUGACCACCGAGACAGCAUCGUCGAGUCUCUUUGUGCCGACGCCAUCACCAAUGGCAUCGCCAUCAACCAAACUAACGACACUCUCAACAAUAACGUAAACCAAGGAGCACUGUGACGCACACACAAAGCGUGUAAUGUCCACACAGAGGAGCAUACUACAAAAGUAAUGGAAAAACAAAUACAAAUAAAAGCGAAACGCUAAAUCAGAAAACUGCGCAGAAAAAUUAACUACAAGUAAAGGCAGCAGUUUUUCCCAAAAAACAAAUCAAACUGGGAGAAACACAAUUCUAAAUAUAUACAUAUGUAAUAUGUAACGAAAGUAAAGGAUAAAUGCAAGCAUAGUUGUUAGUGUAGCGGAUAUAGUAGAGACAUGUCUUAUAAAAAAUUUUUAAUAAUUGUUUAAAUGUCAACUAAAUAUUUUAAAAUUUGAUUUUCAUAUUUUCGAAAAACUAAAAACAGAAUUAUAACGUAUAUAUGUAUGUAUAUUUAGAAAAAAAAACUAUGUGUGUGUAAAUAUUUAUUAAAAGUAGAGGAAAGUAAAGGGAAUGCGGACAAAAUGGAAAGUGCGAAAGUUAGAGAGAGAGAGCGCAAUAUAUAUGUAUGUACUUGAAGAGAGAGCGAGUUAUGUAAAUGAAUUAAUAUGCACGGUUGUUUCUAAACGAAAUGAAAUACUAUUACAUAUUUACAUAUUUACAUAUAUAUAUGUAUGUGUGUGUGUGUGUAAAUGUAUGUAUGUUUAUAUUAGCAAGCAAUCGUUUUAGUUCGUAUUGAGUGCAGAAGUAAUGUAAAAUAAAAAUUAUAUAACUGAUUUCAACAAGAAGCUGUUAAAAUUAUGCCGUCAACUGCACCGACUCUUCACUACACUGUACAAAAUAUUUAGUAAGAAUUCAUAUUUUUUCAAAAAAUAAGAAUAUUUUUUUUAAUUUUUUUUUUUUGUAAAGUAUAACUGUCAUGUUUCUGCAAAAACAUAUUGAAAUGAAAAAACUGAGAACUGAAAUUUCUGGAAAUAUUAUUGAGAGAAUAAUAAUAACGUACUGAAGCAGCCCAAUGACUUUAGCAAAGCAUUUUUCAAAACAACAAAUAAAGUGGAAAGCGCAAAAAAUCACUGAGCGACAAGAACCAAAUAAAAAGAACACAGAAAUUAACUAACAAUAAAAGCGAAAAACACACAAAAGCAAAAAUUAAAUAAAAAACCGAUUUUUUAUUAACAAAAAAAAUUUUCCUAUUUGCAACACUGAACAAAACCUAAAAAAAAAUCAGCGACAAACUACAAAUAAAACGAAAGUACUGAGCAAAACAAAAAAGUUACAAGUAAACAUGAGUUAAAUGGAAUAAUGAAAUAAGCAGCAAAACAAAAACAUAAAAACCCCAUACUGUAUGUGUGUUGGUAAACAAAUGUUUGGUUAAAACGCAUAGUUAAGCGAAAAAUGUAUGUCAAAACGUCUAUAACGGCAUUUAUAUAGAGACGGUUGAUUAAUUAAAGUUAAUUGUAAAUAGUGAAUAUUAAAACCGUAGCGUCUCAAAGGCAUAACUGCAAGCAAAUACAACAAAUACAUACAAAUUAUUACAAAAACAAAGUAUUUGUCUGUUUGUAAUACAAAAAGUGUCAAAAUAGCAGUGUAAAGAUUCUUUAGCCGUAAAAGUGAAAAAUAACAAUUAAAAAGAAAUGUGAAAACAUGAAAAUUCGCCUAACUAAGUAAUUAAGAUUCCACAAUAAAUAAUAAAUAAAGAAAUAAAAAAGAAAAUAAUCUUAAUUAUUAUAAAUAAAAUGUUAAGCAUGUAAAUGAUGAAAAGUUACUCGUUGUGCCGCAGCAGUAGCGAGUAAAACUGUGAAUUUGUGCCAAAAACAAUUUAAAGAAACAGUAAUUAAGUUAUAAUAAAAAAUAAAA